AUGUCGCGCUCGCCGAUCGAGCUUCGCUUCGAGGGCUCCCAAACGUCAACAUUCUCCGCGCGAAUGUGGAGAAUACCUGGCGUCGAUGGCCCCUUUACAGCCUUGCACACCACUGAACAUGCUUUCACCAUUGCGCCGAACUCCGUGUUCAUCAACAACUAUGCGGGCUACCACAGGACAGUAAUGAAGCUGGACGAGGCGAAAAGAUGGGGACUUGUGGAGGAUUCGCGCCUCGUCUUUGCGCGCGCAAGAGCGUCAAAUGGCCAACUGUUCUGCCUAAGGUUCAUUUUCCAUGCGGACCGGGUGGCGCGCAAAGGGGACCCGACGCGGAAUCAGCGAUUCAUACGUGCGCUCAUUGACGACGCCAAGUUUUAUCUCGAAAAUCUUCAAACGGUGGCGGGGGUACUUGUGCCACAGAACUACGGCAUGUGGGUUAUGGACACGGGCGACUGGGCGGGGAAAGUGCUAUUCAGCCUCACGGAAUGGUGCGGCAUUCCCUGGAAGACUCUCAUUGGAACCAAACUCGAUACGAGGGCUAAUCGACAGCUCGUGGCAAGGACUUUGGAAAUGUUCCACGACCUCGGCGUCAAGAUCAACGGCAAACGUCAUCUGGGAAGUGAUGAAGAUUUCACGCAUAUCCUCCUCGACAUAGACGACCCCCACCCAACGUCCGAAAUGGCAGCAUCCGGCCAGGCGCGCUGCUUCAUUGCUGACUUUGCACACGCAAAGCGACACAAAUGCAGGCGCACUCUGCCACUCGUCUCUCUCGGCAACGACGCAUUCAAUCUCCUCGUAUCCUCGUUGAGGCUCAAUAUGUGUUGCCGUGAGCUGGAGAACGCCGCGUUCCUACUGGGGUUGAUGCCCGCUCGCCCAUAUAAAACUGAUCCACCAGAAACACCAAUCGAGGAAGCAAUAAAAUGGCACGCUGAUUAUUCUGCGGCACACCCCUCGUACCCUAAUUCGGUCGUCCUCAUUGCGCAACGUGCCGCGCUCUUCCCCAGCUCCCUGCCACUCUACCCUGGGCUCGAGGUUUCUGGUCCAUCGAAAGAGAAUGUAGAUGUCAAGCUCACGUUAUACGAUCGGAGUCAGGGUUUUAUCAAUCCUACUAGAUUCCUCAAAUGUUUUUCGCGUGAAGACUAUGAGUAUCAUUUAUGGGGAGACAAGAUGGAAGUGAAGCCUGUUGCCCUAAAUGCACAACCUCCGAGAGAGUUGUUAGAAUCAGCUGACGAUGAUAGUGACUCAGACAGUACUAGCAGUCGGAGCGACUCAGACUAUUGA